UCCUCUACAGCAGCUCUUAUUUGAGUCUAUCCUCUCCCACCAUUUUUUUCACUCCACUUUUUUGACAAUUUCUUCACACCAGAAUGUUAAACUUUCAUGGCAAUCUUUAUAUAUAUAGAGACAGUGUAAAAGAGAGAGAUCAAGUACUUAAAAGGCUGCUUUCAUGGCUAACUCUUGGUGCUACCCUGAUAUAUAUCUUUGGCUUCAAAACCUCCCAAUAAUCACACAAUGGAACUCAAAUUCCAUGUCAAUAUGCAUAUGUUCUUCAUCCAAUCCACCUCUCAAUCUCUCUGUGAACAAAAACGUUCAGUCAUCGUCCACCAUCUCCUUCUCUAUAGUAGCGGAUUUCACUGUCCCCAUCUUUCUUUGGUCCUCAAAACCAAUCAAAAUCGACACCAAAUCAUUGAAACUCCUCGAAAAUUAUUCGAUUUCGAGUCUCUUAAUCAAUAUCAUUGAGGAUGUACUAAGCUAUAGCUCAAAAACAUGCACUUCUCUCCCCAGAAUCCCAAAACUGGAUUCCAUAUCCAAUUUUGGAGAUGUCUUCAAUCAAGCAUUUCUUACACUCACAUUCUUGAUAUGCACGUAUGAAGCCCCUGAGAGUAUUAGGGUAGCUUGUCUUAACAACAUUAAGAAUCAACUGACAAAUUGUCAAUUAAGAGGAGCAUCAAAGUCGUUGAUGAAGUAUUUGGGGUCCAACAUUGAAGAGAAAUGGAUGAGGUCUUUAAAUCUUGCUAUCACUAACUGGAUUGUGGAGCUUAAAGCAACAAAUCAAACACCCAGGUCUUCAUCAGCUAUGUUUUCUUAUGCAGUUUCGAGGCUCGGGUUAUGGAAAGUUCAGCUUUACUGUCCUGUAAUGGCAAUGGACAUUGAGAGCUCAAGCAGUUCGGCCGAUGAUAGACUUCUUUUCUCUCUCAAAUACCAUCAACUUGAAGGUGUCAUUCAGUUGAACCACAAAGUCACUGUUCAUGAGACGUGGAUUGAUGUCAUGGUGAAGAUAGAUAAUAUAAGAACUCUCAUGGCAGAAAGAGGAGUUGGGGUUGAAGAAAAACACUUCCCAUCAAGAAUAUCAUUGCGGCUCACUCCAGUGCUUCAAUCCAACAUUUUCAGUGUCUCCGUAAGCAAAUCUUCGGACAACCCGCGAAGAGAGGUUGGCACAGAGAAAAGCAUUGAGGCAUCUUUUGAUCCUCCAAACACUUACAUAGGAUUCAAUGUAUCUGCAGGAGAGACCAUGACAAUGAGCUUGAAGCCAUGGAAGUUUGAGGAGUCUGUGAAUGGCUAUAGUGGGAUGCUGAAUUGGUUUCUUCAUGAUAGUGUAGAUGGAAGAGAGGUUUUCUCCACAAAACCUUCAAAGAUGUCUCUGCGCAACCCUAAAGCUUGGUUCAAAGACAGGUACUCUAGUGCUUAUAGGCCUUUUACCAGACAAGGUGGGGUGGUGUUUGCUGGUGAUGAGUAUGGAGAACGUGUGCAUUGGAAGGUUGAUAAGAGCGUUAUAGGAAUGAAAAUGGAGUGGGAGAUUAAAGGGUGGAUCUGGUUAACGUAUUUGCCAAAUAAAUACAGGACAUUCUACAAUGAGACUCGAAAGCUCGAAUUCAAGGAAAUCCUCUAUCUCACAAUCGCUUAAGUACUUUCAAUGCAUGUCACUCUCUUAUGAGCUAUCCUGCACAAGCUAAAUGUACCGUUUAGAUGACCCUACAAGGACUAACUUGAUCAACCUCUUCAUAUCGAUGAAUCUACUCUGCGUGAUGCCUCGCUUAAUCAUGGAGUGCUCUAAUUCGGGGCAUAGUUGUAGUGUAUGCCUGUGCUACUCACUAAUAUAGUGAAAAGUUUAUGUGUCUGAUGAAUAUACUCGUCACAUCGUCAGGAUUAAUACCAUCUAGUUGCUUUCUUUUAAAUAUCUGGAUUGCUUCCUUGCCAUGCCUUCCAUUACCUGAAAUCAAUAACUGUCCAAGAAAACACAUUUCUGAGUGGCAUUUCACAGAAAAGUUGUGUGGCCUCAUCUAUCUCCCCACACUCUUGAGAUACAUAUCCACAAUCAAUCUGCCCUGAUUGGAUUUUAAUAGUAUAUGCAUGCAUUUGCCUGGCUUAAUCCACUAGAGAAAAAUCAGCAAACGCGCCAGUCAUGCUCGACAGGACAACCCAUCUACUGCUAUCCCUAAGCUACCUAGAAAAGUUCAUGGCCUCUCCCAAGUGUUCUUCUUGAGAAUAACCUAGUAUCAAGACACUCCAGGAUAUCACGUUCUUUUGUUCAAUCCAACCAACCAGCUUCAAAAAAGUUCCCACAUUUUCACAAAAAGAUCAAUAGAACUCACCAGGCACCUCUAUAUGUUCUUGCAUUUCCCAAAACAAUAGUAUGGCUUUCCCACCAUAACCUGUUGCUGCAUAUCCCGCGGUGAUCAUGGUAUUCCAACUUAUAAGGUUUCUACUAGCUGUAAUAGAACACAUUCGAUUCGGACAUCCUCAAAUAUUCUUCCACAUUUGAGUAGAAUUCAAUAUUAGAAAUGCCUACCGCAAGAGUCUUUUCAAUUCCAGCUUGCACUCACAGUCCACAGAUGCCAUGAAUCAGCAUUUGACAUCACAAAAAA